AUGAAUAUCUCAAUGCAAGUUGUCAUCGUGGUGGCGGCCGUGUGUCUGUGUCUAGCUGACGGCGCACCUGAGGCUCGGCUGACCAGAAAACAACAGCGGCCGACUCGCGGCUUCAAGAACGUGGAAAUGAUGACCGCCAGAGGUUUUGGGAAGCGUGACAGGCCCUCAGCUCGGGCUGAACGCGAUGUUGAGCUUCAAUCGUCAUCAGAACGCGUAAGCCGCAGCACACCAACAUUUAAGAGUCCAACGGUCGGUAUUGCAAGGGAUUUUGGCAAAAGAACACCGGAACCGGAGUUGGAAGGUACAGAAAGGUAUAACUAUGAAGCGCCGCGCAGGAUAUUUAAGCCCAAGACCAGGCUUAUGGUAGCUCCUGACUUUGGUAAAAGGAGCGGUUACGAUGACAUUAAUGAAGGAGAAGAGGAAAUAAGGGUCACCAGGGGCACUUUCAAGCCUAAUUCAAACAUACUUAUCGCCAGGGGCUAUGGGAAAAGAGAUCAGACUCAAGAUUGUGGUCGAGUUUUCGGCUUGGACAACUUCUGGGAUUCACUUGAGAACACUCCAGAAAAGGAUAGUCAAGAUAUUAAUGAAGAAAAAGCCAUUGAAAGCAUCCCAUUGGACUGGUUUGUGAACGAAAUGUUGAAUAACCCUGAAUUUGCACGAUCUGUCGUCAGGAAAUUCAUUGAUCUCAAUCAGGAUGGCAUGUUGUCUUCAGAAGAAUUGCUCAGGAACGUCGUUUAA